AGAGCGAGAGGGGCGACGGACGCCAUGCCCGCAUGCUGCGAGAAACGGUCGGCCUAGAAAGGCGGCGACGCAAGCGUCAUGUUCGCCAAGGCCAACUUGGUGCGCAACAUGUACGCCGCGUGCUUUUGCGAGAGCGUGCUCUCGCUCCUUCUCUUCUUCAUGGGCAUUGGCAUGGUGCAGUCGACUCACUAUCGCUUGGCACUUGGCUCGCGCUUUACCAGCGUCGCAGGAGGGUUUAUCUUUGUGGGCAUUAGCUACGCGGCGAUGGCUGUCUUUGCCUACUGCGGCGGGAAGCACCACAACAAGUUUAUCCUGCUCCUGCACCUCGGCGGGCUCGCGGCGUUCAUGGCGUUUCAGUCGCUCAUCGCCUACUCGGGGCUGCAAACGUCGGUGCCAGAUUACCCCUACGACGUCCAGGACAAGUGUUUGACCAAUUCGUACGUGCGCAACGCGACCAACGCGCAAGCCUGCGCGGCAUACUUCCAGAGCGAGAUGUACAACGACUUACGCGCGGCGUGGCGGUCCUACUACAGCGACAACCUCGUCGACCCCACGGUUGCAAUGAACAUCCAAGACUUGCAGGACACGCAUAUCUGCUGCGGCUUUGGCCCGCCCAACCACUGCGUCAACGAUACCGCGCCAUUGACGUCAUCCGAGAGCACCCCUCGCCAAGUCUGUGCCGCGAUCGACCCGGACAAGUACCCCACGACACGCCUGUGCUACGCCGGCGGCGCGUGUGACUUUGACCAACCGAUCGGAAGCUGCGGCGUCAACGGGGCAGGCCUCUAUUCCAAAGGCUGUGCGAGCGCGCUGCACAGGUACCACGCCGCGACGCUGCAGACAAUCUGUAUUGUCGUCCUCGCAAUGCUCAUUUUACCGGCACUCGGCAGCUGCACGACGCUCUGCCUCUGCUUCAAGCGCAAGGACGAAGACGUGAUGCCCGCCCACCUGCGGAUUUCUGUCCGCCCGGCGACCAUGACCAAGGUCUACUGCCGCGCGGACGUCGAAAAGGCCGAGCGGGACUGGUGAUCAUGCGUCAUUUGUUGAAGUCGACCACAGUAUUGUCAUCAUCAGCGACGCUGUCCACGUAAAAAUUCUCGUGUGCGCGGGACGUGCGUGUGCAAUUAUUUUUCACCUUUAUCACGUCUGCCG